CUUCGUCCAAGCCAGAACCACUGAGGAUAGAAGGUCAGGAAAAACUCCAUUUUCAUCCAUCAUACACGCACCAAGUUAAGGGAGGAAGAAGAAAGGAAAAAGAGAAGAGAAAAGAGGAGUUUAGGUGGGAAAACUUGUGUUUAACAAGGUAUUCAAGGAACUUUCACGGAGUUGAAAAGGUCGCCGGAGUUGCCGCCGGAGUUCGUUGAAGUUCACCGGAGUUUCGCCGGAGCUAAAUCGGGAAGGCUAGAAAUUCGUAAGCUUCAUUAAGGUAUGGGGAAAUUUUCAAAACACGCGUGUUUGGAUAUCCUUGUGUAAUGAUGGCCAGCCCAGAGGCGAUACGAUUUGUGCUAGUCACCCACGCCCACUUGUUCAACCCAACAUAUCCAAAAAGUGUUGAGCAUUUGAUCGGCCCAUCGGCCCUCUUCUUCCACCAGGGAGACUACCAUAUGGGCCUUCGAAAGAUGGUCCAGAAAUGCUUGAGCCCAGAGGCAAUUCGCAGCUUAGUUCCAGACAUUGAGGACAUUGCCACUUCUGUAUUGGAUUCUUGGGAUGAUGGCCAAGUUAUCACUACUUUCUCCGAGAUGCAAAAGAUCUCAUUCGAAGUAGGUAUUCUCGUGAUAUUUGGACACUUGAAAGAUCACUACAAGGAAGAACUUAAAAACAAUUACUGCAUAGUUGAGAAAGGGUACAAUUCAUUUCCAACAAGGUUCCCAAGAAGUCCAUAUGUCAAAGCUAUGAAGGCAAGAGAGAUACUAAGCAAAAUCCUAAACAAUGUUAUUAGGGAGUGGAAAGAGGAGAAACCAUCAGAAAAUGGACUUCUAAGUUGUUUCCUUAGUUCUAAAGACGAGAAAGGGAUGGAUUUAAAGGAAAGUCAAAUAGCUGAUAAUAUUAUUGGUGUUCUUUUUGCUGCCCAGCACACAACUGCAAGUGCCAUGACUUGGAUUGUCAAGUACCUUCAUGAUAACCCCAAACUUCUUCAUUCUGUAAAGGCUGAAAAUAAGGCUGUGAGAGAGUUGAAUGUGGAAGGAGCUCCUCAUUUGACAUGGAGAAACACAAGAAAAAUGCCACUCACUUCCAAAGUUAUCUUAGAGAGUUUGAGAAUGGCAAGCAUCAUAUCAUACACAUAUAGGGAGGCCGUGGAGGACGUGGAAUACAAAGGGUACAUAAUUCCAAAGGGAUGGAAGGUUAUGCCAACAUUCAGGAAUUGUCAUCACAAUCCGGAUUUCUUUCAAGAUUCGCAGAAGUUUGAUCCAAAUAGAUUUCAGAAAGCUCCAAAACCGAACACAUUCAUGCCGUUUGGAAGCGGGGUACAUGCUUGCCCGGGAAAUGAGCUUGCCAAGCUUGAAAUGUUAAUAAUGACACACCAUCUUGUUACCAAAUUCAGGUGGGAAGUUGCAGGGGGAGAAAAUAGAAUUCAACAUCAUCCAUUCCCAAUCCCUAUAAAUGGGCUACCAGCUAAGUUUUGGAGGGAGUCCAAACAUACCUAAAAAAGCUUCAUCUUCAAGAGAUAGAACAAGCAUCAAUGCAAUGUCCUUUCAUGCAUUUUUCUUCUCUUAAUUUUGUUUUGUAAAUUAUUUUCUGUUAUCUAUUGUUAUGUCAAAGGAUUUAUGAAUCCUGAGUUAGCAUUAUACCAACUAGCUAGGGAAGGAUAUUUUCUCUGUUGUUCUCUCCCUCAGGGAACGUGGAUAUUGAUACAUACUAUCCUCCAUUCCGUUUUAAUCGCAACAUGUUGAUUUUUACACUA